AUGUCAACUAUCGACCAAGAGGCUAAUAAGAUAAUUUAUGAAAAGGCUUUUAAAUAGCUUUAAGACUUUUUAGAAUACUACAAUACUAAGAAUAAAUUAACCUUCGAAGCUAAGCUUACCUCUAUUGCAUCUGUAGUAAAAAAUUUGAUUCCAGAUUUCUUCUUUGUUGGAUUCUAUGUUGUUGUUGAUGAAUUAGACUCAUAAGGAAAUAAAACUGGAAACAAAGUUCUAGAAGUUGGUCCUUAUCAAUCAACUAUAUUAGCAACUCCUAGAAUCGCCAUAGGUAAAGGUGUUUGUGGUACAGCAUGGUAAGAAGCCAAAACUCAAGUUGUUAACAAUGUAAAAGAAUGCAAAAAUUACAUUGCAUGUGAUAACGAAACCUUAAGUGAAGUUGUCAUCCCUGUAUUCAAUAAAACUACUAAUGAAGUAGUAGCAGUUUUUGAUAUAGAUUCAACAACUUUAAAUAGAUUUACUCCUUUUGAUGUUGAGUAAUUAGAAAAAAUUACUGCUUUAGUAUACUAAUGA